UUAAGCUGUCACCAUAGAUUAUACACUUAAUAUUUUCGAGAGCUGUCACUUAUGUAGGUCUUUUGUGGAAGUGCAAGUAAAUUUUCUAAGAUUUAGUUAUAGUUAAAGGAAAUCUUUACGACUUUAGUACUUUUAAAGGCCGUUAAAAUAGUGUCCGCUAUCGACUGCUAAUAGAUUUUAUAUUCCACAACAAUGACCGAAUUGGACUUAUCAAAUACUGGUAGAGGAGUAUGGUUGGUAAAAGUACCUAAAUAUAUAGCAAACAAAUGGGAAAAAGCUCCUGGAAACAUUGAGGUAGGAAAACUAAAGAUCUCCAGAGUACCAGGAACGAGAGCUAAAGUGCAGUUAUCCUUGUCAGAAGCAGUGCUAUGUUUAAAGGACCCUGGUGAACAAAGCAUACCAAAAGAACAUAAGCUUGAUGUUUCAAACGUUAAUACUCAAUCUCUAGGUGUAUUUUCGCAUAUUGCCCCGACAAAUACGGACUCUGUAGUACCAGAGACAGAAAACCUUUACAUGGAGGGUAGGAUUGUACAGAAAUUGGAAUGCAGACCAAAUGAUGAUGUGACAUACUAUAAGCUUAAAUCUGAAUCAAUAAAGAAAGCAUCCAUGCCUCAGCGACAAGUGCAACAGCUUGACAGGAUUGUUCAGAACUUCAAACCAGUAUCUGACCAUCCACAUAAUAUUGACUACCAAGAAAGGAAGAAGGCUGAAGGGAAAAAGGCUCGUGAUGAUAAAGAAGCAGUGCUCAAUAUGCUGUUUGCAGCAUUUGAGAAACAUCAGUAUUACAAUAUUAAGGAUCUUCAAAAGAUCACCAGACAGCCAAUAGUAUAUUUGAAAGAAAUUCUGAAAGAGGUCUGUAAUUACAAUUUAAGAAAUCCUCACAAGAAUAUGUGGGAGUUAAAACCAGAAUAUAGGCAUUACAAACAAGAUGUUCCUGUUGAAACAAAGGAGGAUAAGAACAGUAAUUCUGAUACUGAAUAGACUGAAAUUUGUAUUAAUUAUACAAAUAUACAUAAAUAUGGAUGUCAGAGAAUCCUCGACAGAAGCAAAGUUUUUAUGUAUUUUUCAAUAACUUAUAUUAUAAGAUGUGUUAAGAA